GCGCUCAGCCACCCGCGGCCGUAACUAGAAGUCGAAACAAAACAAGCGGCUGAGGCGGCGGCGGCGGCGGUGGCGACGGGACGGGGGAGGGGCGCGCCGGAACCGGAACCGACCAGGCGCCGGAACCGGAACCGAGAGCGGGUUGCCAGGGCCCUAAGAGGGCUGGCGGCGGCGGCCUCGCUCGGCUGUCGGUUCCUUGUUGGAGAAUUUGGCCACAAAGAGUUGCCAAGAUAGCUGGGCCAGGAAGAAAGCGCCGUAGCCCUGACCCAGACGCCGUUGCCGACCCCGGGGCACUCUGGCUGUCGACCAAGCGGCUCAAGAUGUCUGGCGGGGCCAGCGCCACGGGCCCAAGGAGAGGUCCCCCAGGAUUGGAGGAGGCCACCAGUAAGAAGAAGCAGAAGGAUCGAGCAAACCAGGAGAGCAAGGAUGGCGAUCCUAGGAGAGAGUUGUUGCUUGAUUGGAGGCAGAGUGCAGAUGAGGUGAUUGUCAAGCUGCGUGUGGGAGCGGGUCCCCUGCGGCUGGAGGACGUGGAUGCUGCUUUCACAGACACAGACUGCGUGGUGCGGCUUCCAGGUGGUCGGCAGUGGGGUGGUGUUUUCUAUGCUGAGAUAGAAAGUUCUUGCGCCAAAGUACAAGCCCGUAAAGGUGGCCUCCUGCAGCUGGCACUGCCCAAGAAGGUGCCUCUGCUCACGUGGCCCUCUCUUCUGAAGAAACCUCUAGGGACCCAGGAGGCGGUGCCAGGGCUGCGGUGCCAGGAGAAUGGGCAGGAGCCCUCUCCCAUUGCCCUGGAGCCAGGCCCUGAGCCCCGUCGGGCUAAACAGGAGGCCCGGAACCAGAAGCGGGCCCAGGGCCGUGGUGAGGUAGGCGCAGGGGCUGGCCCUGGGGCCCAGGCGGGGCCCAGCGCCAAGAGGGCUGUGCAUCUCCGCAGAGGGCAAGAGGGGGAAGGGUCCAGAGAUGGGCCUGGACCCCGGGGUGAUGCUCCCCCUUUCUUGACUGAGACAGCCACCCAGGCCGAGGCUGAGGAACAGCUCCGGGUACCACCGCUGAACCCCCAGACCUGCCUCUUGGGCUCAGAGGAGAAUCUAGCACUCUUGGCAGGAGAGAAGACCGUGUCCCCCAGGAAUGAUCCAGUCUCCCCAGCCAUGGCCCGGAGCAGAGACCCUGAGAAAGGUGACCGUUCCAAAGAGGAGAUGGCAGUGGCAGCAGAUGCUAUAACCUUGGUGGAUGGUAAAGAGCCGGAGUCCAUGGUGAACCUGGCAUUUGUCAAGAAUGACUCAUAUGAGAAGGGGCCAGAUUCAGUGGUGGUGCACGUGUAUGUGAAAGAAAUCCGCAGGGACACCUCUCGAGUGCUUUUCCGCGAGCAGGACUUCACGCUUAUCUUCCAGACCAGGGAUGGAAACUUCCUGAGACUGCACCCGGGCUGUGGGCCCCAUACCAUCUUCCGUUGGCAGGUGAAGCUCAGGAACCUGAUUGAGCCCGAGCAGUGCACCUUCUGCUUCACGGCCUCUCGCAUUGACAUCUGCCUCCGUAAGCGGCAAAGUCAGCGCUGGGGGGGCCUGGAGGCCCCAGCUGCACGAGGUGCAGUGGGUGGUGCAAAGGUUGCCGUGCCGACAGGUCCAACCCCUCUGGAUUCAACCCCACCAGGAGGUGCCCCCCACCCCCUCACGGGCCAGGAAGAAGCUCGGGCUGUGGAGAAGGAAAAACCCAAGGCUCGAUCUGAGGACACGGGGCUGGAUGGUGUGGCGGCCCGCACCCCCAUGGAGCAUGUGGCCCCAAAGCCAGAGCCACACCUGGCCUCACCCAAGCCCACAUGUAUGGUGCCCCCGAUGCCCCACAGCCCCGUGAGCGGAGACAGUGUGGAGGAAGAGGAGGAGGAAGAGAAGAAGGUGUGUCUGCCAGGCUUUACUGGCCUUGUCAAUCUAGGCAACACCUGCUUCAUGAACAGUGUCAUUCAGUCUUUGUCUAACACUCGGGAGCUCCGGGACUUCUUCCACGACCGCUCCUUUGAGGCCGAGAUCAACUACAACAACCCACUGGGGACUGGUGGGCGUCUGGCCAUUGGCUUUGCUGUGCUGCUCCGGGCACUGUGGAAGGGCACCCACCAUGCCUUCCAGCCUUCCAAGUUGAAGGCCAUUGUGGCGAGCAAGGCCAGCCAGUUCACAGGCUAUGCGCAGCAUGAUGCCCAGGAGUUCAUGGCUUUCUUGCUGGAUGGGCUGCACGAAGACCUGAAUCGCAUUCAGAACAAGCCCUACACAGAGACCGUGGACUCGGAUGGGCGGCCCGAUGAGGUGGUGGCUGAAGAAGCAUGGCAGCGGCACAAGAUGAGGAAUGACUCUUUCAUCGUAGACCUAUUUCAGGGCCAGUAUAAGUCGAAGCUGGUGUGCCCUGUGUGUGCCAAGGUCUCCAUCACUUUUGACCCAUUCCUCUACCUACCGGUGCCCUUGCCACAGAAGCAAAAGGUUCUCCCUGUCUUCUAUUUUGCCCGGGAGCCCCACAGCAAGCCCAUCAAGUUUUUGGUGAGCAUCAGCAAGGAGAACUCCAGCGCAAGUGAAGUGUUGGACUCCCUCUCUCAGAGUGUGCAUGUGAAGCCUGAGAACCUGCGUCUGGCUGAGGUGAUUAAGAAUCGUUUCCACCGUGUGUUCCUGCCCUCCCACUCACUGGACACUGUGUCCCCAUCUGACACGCUCCUCUGUUUUGAGCUGCUAUCCCCAGAGUUGGCUAAGGAGCGGGUGGUGGUGCUAGAGGUGCAGCAGCGCCCCCAGGUGCCCAGCAUCCCCAUCUCCAAGUGUGCAGCCUGCCAGCGGAAGCAGCAGUCAGAGGAUGAGAAGUUGAAGCGCUGUACCCGGUGCUACCGUGUGGGCUACUGUAACCAGCUCUGCCAGAAAACCCACUGGCCUGACCACAAGGGUCUCUGCCGCCCUGAGAUCAUUGGCUACCCAUUUCUGGUCAGUGUACCUGCCUCACGUCUCACUUAUGCUCGUCUUGCUCAGCUGCUAGAGGGCUACGCCCGGUACUCUGUGAGUGUAUUCCAGCCACCCUUCCAGCCUGGCCGUAUGGCCUUGGAGUCCCAAGGCCCUGGCUGCACGACACUGCUUUCCACUAGCUCCCUGGAUGCUGGGGACAGUGAGAGGGACCCGAUUCAGCCGCCUGAGCUCCAGUUGGUGACCCCUGUGGCUGAGGGAGACACAGGGGUCCCACGGGCAUGGGCGGCUCCUGACCGGGGCCCUGUGCCCAGCACCAGUGGAGUUUCUCCUGAGGUGCUGGUCAGUGGGCCUGUUGAAGUUGGCUCCUUGCCGGCUGGUGAGAGAGUGUCUCGGCCCGAAGCUGCUGUGCCUGGAUAUCAGCACCCAAGUGAAGCCAUGAAUGCCCACACACCCCAGUUCUUCAUCUAUAAAAUUGACGCAUCUAACCGAGAGCAGCGGCUGGAGGACAAAGGAGACACCCCCCUGGAGCUGGGUGAGGACUGCAGCCUGGCUCUAGUCUGGCGGAACAAUGAGCGCCUGCAGGAGUUCGUGUUGGUAGACUCCAAGGAGCUGGAGUGUGCUGAGGAUCCAGGCUCUGCUGGUGAGGCUGCCCGUGCUGGCCACUUCACUCUGGACCAGUGCCUGAACCUCUUCACCCGGCCUGAGGUGUUGGCACCUGAGGAGGCUUGGUACUGCCCGCAGUGUAAACAACACCGAGAGGCCUCCAAGCAGCUGCUGCUAUGGCGCCUUCCUAACGUACUCAUUGUGCAGCUCAAGCGCUUCUCCUUCCGGAGUUUCAUCUGGCGUGACAAGAUCAACGACUUGGUGGAGUUCCCUGUUCGGAACCUGGACCUGAGCAAGUUCUGCAUCGGUCAGAAAGAGGAACAGCUGCCUAGCUACGACCUGUAUGCCGUCAUCAACCACUACGGAGGCAUGAUCGGCGGCCACUAUACCGCCUGUGCACGCCUGCCCAGUGACCGCAGCAGCCAGCGCAGCGACGUGGGCUGGCGCUUGUUUGACGACAGCACGGUGACGACAGUAGACGAGAGCCAGGUCGUGACGCGUUAUGCCUAUGUACUCUUCUACCGCCGGCGGAACUCUCCUGUGGAGAGGCCCCCCAGGGCAGGUCACUCUGAGCACCACCCAGAUCUAGGCCCUGCAGCUGAGGCUGCUGCCAGCCAGGGACUAGGCCCUGGCCAGGCCCCCGAGGUGGCCCCCACGCGGACAGCCCCUGAACGCUUCGCCCCCUCUGUGGACCGCCCAGCCCCCACCUACAGCAACAUGGAGGAGGUCGAUUAGCAGGUCCCUGGCUGGUGGGGUGGGGUGGGGACUGGGUUUGGGGAAUCCCUGACAGAGGGUCAGCUCUUUACCGCUUCUCCUUCUCUAACCCAGAGGACACUGGCUUCAUCAGUGGGGGUUGGGGGGUAUGAUUGAGGUGGGAACCUCACAGGUUGGGCCCUCUUCUCAGCUUGACCCCCCCCAACCCAUGGGCCUUGGCUUCUCCAGCCACCCCCAGUGCAGCGUGAUUUGAUUCUCAGUUGUACCUUCAAUUCUUUCUGACUCGCAUCAUAAACGUUAUAAUUUUAUUCUAAAAAUUGUAAUUUUUUUUUUUUGCA